AGAAAAGAAGACGAAUUCAGAAACAAGAAAGAAUGGAAGGUGGGAUGAUAUCAGUGGAUCGAUGGAGUAAAGGAAGCCAAGCUUACUUCCUCACUCAUCUCCACUCAGAUCACACCAAUGGCCUCUCAUCGUCAUGGUCUUAUGCCCCUCUCUUUUGCUCUCGCAUCACCGCCAAGCUUUUUCCUCUCAAAUUCCCUGAUUUCAACUUCUCCUUACUUCGUCUCGUUGAAAUCGGUUCAUGGCAUCGUCUAUCUCUUCUUUCUCCUUCUACUGGAUCUCCUGCAACUGUUCAAUUUAUGCCUAUUGAUGCUGUUCACUGCCCUGGUGCUGUUAUGUUCUUGUUUAGAGGAGUGUUUGGACAUGCGCUUUACACUGGUGAUUUCCGUUGGGAAGUAAAUGGGGAGAGGGCUAUGAAAGCAAGGAAUAUGCUUCUUGAUGCACUUGAUGGUGCAAAACUCGACUUUCUUUACCUAGACAAUACCUAUUGUAAUCCUGCAUUUUGUUUUCCUACACGAGAAGUUGCUGCUCAACAGGUUAUAGAGAUCAUCUCCUCACACCCAGAUCAUGACAUCAUCAUUGGGAUUGAUUCACUGGGUAAAGAAGAUAUGUUGCUCCAAGUUUCACGUAGCCUAAAUAUUAAGAUCUGGGUGUGGCCAGAACGGUUGCAGACCAUGCAUCUGCUUGGCUACCCUGAUAUCUUCACAACCAGGACUUCCCUGACAAGGGUGCGGGCUGUUCCUCGUUACAGUUUUAGCAAUGCCACCUUGCAGGGAUUAAAUAAACAAAGGCCAACUAUUGGAAUCAUGCCUUCUGGUCUUCCAUGGGUAGUGAAGCCCUUUGAGGGAAAAUGGAGAGAUGGUGAAUCUCUUCCAGUUACUUCCACUAACAGGAGACUGGCAAGUGAUGGCACCCCAGUUGACUGGAACAUGAGGUCCGUUGAGAAGGUUCAUGAAUACAUCUUCUCAGUUCCCUACUCCGAUCAUUCCUGCUUUCCUGAAAUUAAACAUUUUGUCCAACUCGUUAAGCCACGUAAUGUGAAGGGAAUCGUGUCAAUGUCUUCCUGUUAUGUAAAUCCACUUUACUAUCUCAGCGAUUUGCUCAGUUCAACUUAUGACAAAACUUGUGUAAAUCCUGAAGUGAGCAAGGACAUAGGAAAGCUUCCACGAAAAGGGAAACGAAAAAGCGAGGAAUUCACAGGUACACAAAAGAAAGACGUACCCAGUGAGGUUAGCUUUUUGGGGGUUCGUAUUCGUAGGGUGUCUGUAUUGAGGCGGACACGCUGUGGUGUAAAAAUUGUGGAAUGCAAUGAUCCUGACUGAUUCUGGACAGUGCUGGCCUUUAGGUCGUUUACUGUAAAUACAGUACAGAAAUUAUUGAGGAAAUGUGGCAUGUGACAUUUAUAGAGAAAUUGAGAUGACAGACCUGAAAACACAAUGUUUCUGAAGCACUACAAAAUUUUGUUUAUUAAGAAGCAGAUUUAUAGAUGUUCAACCCGAAAUUUGCUGACUGUAUCUGAAUGGAUACGUUUGCUAUGCUUAAAUACAUAAUACGUAGACGUAUGAUUAAGAUUAAUGUAAUGUAAUCCUAUAAUAUUAAUAUUCCUGGUAUGCUCUCAUAGCUCUCAUGCUUCUUCACCCUUCAAUUGACAAU